AUGGGAGUCAUACGCUUCCUGAAGACCCGGACGGGAUUCAGGGUCGACAAUAGCCAAACUACAUCGGCUGCCGCUCUCACCUUGCGCCAGAGCAUUUGGCCCUUAACCCUCGUCACGAUUCUCUUUUUUCUAUGGGGGUUCGCCUAUGGGUUACUCGAUACUCUCAAUAAACAUUUCCAGAACACGAUGCACAUCACUCGUACACGCUCUUCUGGGCUUCAGGCGGCUUAUUUCGGGGCCUAUCCGCUGGCGUCCCUGGGCUAUGCGAACUACAUGCUCCGUCAUUUCGGCUACAAGACUGUGUUUAUUUUCGGACUGACUUUGUAUGGUAUUGGCGCUCUUUGUAUGUGGCCUGCAGGUUUGAAUCGUUCAUUUGGGGGAUUCUGCGCAGCCACCUUUGUCAUCGGCUCAGGCUUGGGGUCCUUGGAGACGGCUGCUAACCCAUACAUAACUGUCUGUGGCCCACCCAGAUAUGCUGAGAUCCGAAUCAACCUUGCCCAGGCUUUCAAUGGCAUAGGAACCUGCGUGGCGCCAGUACUUGCCUCAUAUGUCUUCUUCACCUCCGUUGACGACGAUGUCAAUGCCCUAAAGCGUGUUCAGUGGGUUUAUCUUGCCAUUGGCAUCUUUGUAUUUGUCCUCGCGGGCAUCUUCUUCAUCUCUACGAUUCCCGAAGUGACCGAUGAAGACAUGGCCUUUCAGGUCGCCGAGACACACGUGGACGAACAGGAGAAACCGCUAUGGAAGCAAUAUAAGCUCUUCCACGCCACAUUGGCGCAAUUCACCUAUACCGGCGCACAAGUCGCUAUUGCCAGCUACUUCAUCAACUACGUCACAGAGACAUGGCCCGGCACUUCCAGUGCCACGGGCUCUAAGUAUCUAGCCGGUGCCCAGGGAGUGUUCGCUGUUGGCCGCUUCGUCGGUGCUAUCCUCAUGAGAUUUGCCAAGGCUCGCUGGGUAUUCUUGGUCUACCUCUCAUGCACUGUUGCGUUCAUCGCGGCUUCUACCACGCAACAGGCCCGGACAGGCGUCGCAAUGCUCUUCUGUACCCUUUUUUUCGAAUCAGUAUGUUUCCCCACCAUCGUUGCCCUCGGCAUCCGCGGCCUGGGACGACACUACAAGCGCGGCUCCGGGUUCAUCAUUGGCGGCGUCAGUGGCGGUGCUGUUGUGCCCCCGAUUCUCGGCCAUGUGGCGGAUAUGCGGAAUAGUACGGGCUUUGCCAUGAUCGUGCCGACUAUGUUCAUGGUCGUUGCCUGGACGUAUGCCGUUGCAGUCAACUUUGUGCCUGCAUACAGCGAAACGGUCGACAAGGUCGGCGCCAGUGAUAUUGGGCUUCGGGAGGAGAAUGUUACGCCAAAGGAUAUCGAGGAGGCGGCCACAGCCAAAAUCGGGUAG